ACAAACGUUCUUUCUGUUUCAGAGAAACUGUAAUGGCGUCGGUGAGGAGUGACGCAAUGGGUGCUUCUCAAAGAAAUUAUGGAGAGGUUGUCCUCACUCUGGAAAAUUGUCUUUUGAGUGAAGAAAAGCUGACACCGACCCCGUCUGGCUUAGAUGGGUUGGAGCCUUCACUAGAGACUGAACUAAGGAUCCUGGGAGCGGAACUCAUACAGACUUCUGGGAGGCUUUUGAGGCUGCCACAGACUGCAAUGGCCACCGGGCAGGUUCUCAUGCACCGCUUCUACUACUCCAAGUCGUACGUGAAACAUCCGAUGGAGAUCACGGCCAUGGCGUGCCUAUGUCUGGCAUCCAAGAUAGAAGAGGCGCCAAGGAGGACCAGGGAUAUCAUCAAUGUGUUUCAUCACAUCAAGCAGAUCCGUGCUAAAAAGACUAUCAGUCCGGUGGUUCUGGACCCAAACUAUAUCCACUUAAAGAACCAGGUCAUCAAGGCGGAAAGGCGGAUUCUGAAGGAGCUGGGCUUCUGUGUUCAUGUUCAACAUCCUCACAAGAUGAUUGUCAUGUACCUGAGGUUCCUGCGGCUGGAGGGCAACACGGGCCUGCUUCAGUACGCAUGAUUAGGUGAGCAGAAGCCUGAGUGGUAAGUAGCCAGGCUGGCCGCUGGCUCUGUGGCUGAGAGGCGACCGGCGGUCUCUGGCGGUCAUCCCUCCCCCGGGCGCGCGGCGGCUGCGUCAACGGCCUCCCGGAGGCGGCGGCACCGGCCCUCCCCAGCUCUGCCCUGCCCAGGCCACCGGCUCAGAUUUGAACGGUCCGCCACGGACAAUCCUAUAUCGUUACAGACCAGGUGGCCGCCCGGCCCGCAGACCGCGCUGAACUCGGCCGAUGAGAGAGAGGUGUCCUCUGUACCGGGCGAACCAAGUUGGUUGCGAGGAACCAGCUCGCUGUGGUCUUCUCGGCCUGGGAUCGGCCGCGCUUCCAAGUCUGCGCCCGGCCUCCACGCAAAGGAACGCCAUGAACGACGCGCUACGCACCAACGUGUUCGUGCGCUUCAGCCCCGAGACGGUGGCGGCCGCGUGCAUCUACCUGGCGGCGCGCGUGAAGCGCGUGCCGAUGCCCAACCGGCCGCACUGGUUCACCGUUUUCGACAUGCGCGAGCAGGACCUGCGAGAAAUCGCCACCGCCAUCAUGAAACUCUACACGCGCGCCAAGCCGAACGCCGAGCAGCUGGAGCGUGCCAUCGAGGAGCUGCGCGCGCGCCAGCAGGAGCUGCGCCUCAAGAACAAGCUGCUGUCGGGCACCAACACGCCGCAGGGCGCGGGCAACUUCAGUCCGGCCGUGUCGCACAACAACUCGCCGGCCGAGCAGCGCGGCGCCUCGCUGGUCGACUCGACCGGCCGCGAGACGCCCAACGGCGCCGCGGCCGGCUCCGACCCGGCCGCCGACCCUCUGCUGCCCGACUCGGCCAAACUCAACAAGGAGAACAUCGCCUCGGCGCUCGCCAAACGCUGCGACAGCUCUCGGUCGCGCUCGUCCAACGAGGACUCGGACCGGCGCAAGCUGCAGUCGAAGAGCCGCCGCGACCGCUACCGGUCCCACUCGCGGUCCCCGAGCAACGCACGGCGCCGCCACUCGUCCACCCCUGACCGGCACCGGACCAAACACAAAAAGGACAAGGAGCGCGGCCGCGACAAGACGCGCCACCGGUCAGUGGAGCGCGGCCGGUCCCGCUCGCCACUGCGCUCCAAGUCGAAACACUCGUCCCAGAGCGUCGGCAAGCGCGACCGCCGCGGCUCGCCGCAGCAGGACCGGCACAAGAGCAGCAAGAAGCGCUCGUACGACUCGAACCACAAGCGCCGCUGAGCGGGCUCGCUGUCCGGCUCUGAGGGAACUGAUACAGCCCACUGUGCGCGGCGCCAGUCGGGGUGUGACGGACAGGUCUGGGUCUGCGACUGUGGACUGCGAACAGGUGAACGGAGCUCCGUGCGGUUCUGUGUGCUCGAUAUGCUAGAUGCUCCGUGCUGAUGUGCGGAUAAGUGUGGGAGCGCGGCUGUGUGCGGAGUUAAUGUUUGAUGACCCGAUAUGGAUUAUGAUGGACGAUGGUUGUUGAGGGGUGGUAACGCUGGCGCCAUGUUCGCCGUCAGUUGGUCGCAAGUGAGCCUUUUCGGUUCCUUGGACUACUGAACUGAGUCUGAAUGAGCCUGAUUGCUCAGCCUGAUCGCCGGAGUGCGUGUGUUCAUGUCGCUAUUGAUGGGGCGGAGCUUAUGGAUCUCGCUCCCGCAGCGAUUAGGUACCGAUUGUCAUAAUACAUCAAUGUGUAUAGAUCAUGUCACAAUAUGCAUUUUUGUGGAUUGGAUGUGUGUAUUUUAUGGUGGGUAAUAAACACUGAAUUACCCGU